CGCCCCGAGGCCGCGGCGGGGGAGGGGCGGCGGCAGCCGGCUGGCGCUGCUUCGAGUUUCCCAGAAUUCCCAGCGGCCGCGGGGAAAGUUUAGGGGAGGUAGGCGGUGGCGGCGGUAGCUGUAGCGGUUACCAAGCGGUCGGCGGCGCAGCAUGGCCUUAGCCCGGCGUCCCUGGACCCUCCUCACGGCGUCCCCGGGCAGCGUCGUGGAGCGGGCAGACUUCCGGGAAGGAACUGACAUGCGGCUGAGCGGCGGCCGGCGCGCUUAGCGCCCCGAUCAUGCGGCUGUCUCUGCGGGCGACUCUGGGCUGCGGAGAGGCGGCGGCGGCGGCGGCUCGGCAGGGAAGGAGGCGGCGGCGCCGGCGGAGAGGGAAGCGGAGACGGCCGGCGCCCGGCGCGGAGCCCUAGGGCGGCCUUGGGCCUCGUCGGGAAAGAUGCUGUCCCGAAAGAAAACCAAAAAUGAAGUGUCCAAGCCGGCCGAGGUGCAGGGCAAAUACGUGAAGAAGGAGACGUCGCCUCUGCUGCGGAAUCUCAUGCCUUCAUUCAUCCGGCAUGGUCCAACAAUUCCAAGACGAACUGAUAUCUGUCUUCCAGAUUCAAGCACUACAGCUUUUUCAACUUCUGCAGAUGGAGUCAUUUCAAGAAACCAGAGUUUUCUUAGGACUCCAAUCCAAAGAACACCUCAUGAAGUAAUGAGAAGAGAAAGCCACAGAUUAUCUGCACCUUCUUAUCUCGCCAGGAGUCUAGCAGAUGUCCCUCGGGAAUAUGGCUCUUCUCAGUCAUUUCUAACAGAAAUUAACUUCACUGUUGAGAAUGGAGAUUGUGGUUCCCGAUACUAUUAUUCAGAUCAUUUUUUUGAUGGCCAGAGAAGGCGGCAACUUGGAGAUCGUGCACACGAGGACUACAGAUUCUAUGAAUACAACCAUGAUCUCUUCCAAAGAAUGCCACAGAAUCACGGCAGGCAUGCUUCAGGUAUUGGGAGAGUUGCUGCUACAUCACUAGGAAAUUUAACUAAUCAUGGUUCUGAGGAUUUACCCCUUCCUCCUGGCUGGACUGUGGACUGGACAAUGAGAGGAAGAAAAUAUUACAUAGAUCAUAACACUAAUACAACUCAUUGGAGCCAUCCUCUUGAGCGAGAAGGACUUCCUCCUGGAUGGGAGCGAGUGGAAUCCCCAGAAUUUGGAACCUAUUAUGUAGAUCACACAAAUAAGAAGGCUCAGUACCGACAUCCCUGUGCUCCUAGUGUUCCUCGGUAUGAUCAACCUCCUCCUGUGACAUACCAGCCACAACAAACUGAAAGAAACCAGUCCCUUCUGGUACCUGCAAAUCCAUAUCACACUGCAGAAAUUCCUGACUGGCUUCAGGUUUAUGCUCGAGCCCCUGUGAAGUAUGACCACAUCCUCAAGUGGGAACUCUUCCAGCUUGCUGACCUGGAUACCUACCAGGGCAUGCUGAAGCUGCUGUUCAUGAAGGAACUGGAACAGAUUGUCAGAAUGUAUGAAGCCUAUAGACAGGCACUUCUCACUGAAUUGGAAAACCGUAAGCAGAGGCAGCAGUGGUAUGCCCAGCAACAUGGCAAGAAUUUUUUAAGUUAAUUUUUUAAAAUGAUAUUUAAGUUUUAUAAGAGCUUUAACAUAUUUUCACAGAUGAAAAAUUGCAACAAGUACUUUGGUUAAUAAUGGCAGCUUUCUUUUGGGAA